CGUUAACACUAAUCAUGGUAACGAAGACUUCAAGACGAAGUAAUAUACCUUACUCAACUACCUCAACUGCCAGAAACUUUACUGUUUUUUCACUUGCCGGGUUUCUCUCUCUAAAUCUAAUAAUCACUCCCGCCGGCGUUAAUUCAAGAUCCCGGCAGGCUUCUGUAACAGAUCUUGAUAAGUAAAAAAAAAAUGGUUUCUUUUCUCAUUUUCUUGAUCACGGGGUUGUUAGUUUCGUCGUCUCAGCUCAUCGCCCAUGCCCGCAUCUUCACCUUCGAACUGCACCACCGGUUCUCCGAUCCCGUCAAGAAAUUGGCGGCGCAGAGAGCCGGCGGCGGCGUGUCUUUCCCGGUCGACAAUUGGCCGGCCAAGGGCAGUCUUGAUUAUUAUACCCAGCUGGCGACCCACGACCGGUUCUUACAUGGCCGGAGACUGUCCAAGUCCGAUGACGGCAAGCUCACUUUCGCAGAUGGAAAUUCCACUUUCCGGAUCAGCUCUUUGGGAUUUUUGCAUUACGCAACGGUGACUCUGGGGACGCCGGGGAUGAAGUUUCUGGUGGCCCUGGAUACUGGGAGUGAUUUGUUUUGGGUUCCCUGUGAUUGUGGCAACUGUACAUCUACUGAUGAUUCCACUCUAUACAAUUCUGAUUUUGCGCUUAGCAUAUACAACCUGAAUGGAUCAUCGACGAGCAAGAAGGUCACCUGCAGCAACAGCUUUUGUUAUCAUCGUAAUAACUGCCUUGGUACAUUUAGCCAUUGCCCUUACUCGGUUUCUUAUCUCUCAUCCGAGACCUCAACAUCUGGAAUACUGGUCGAGGAUAUCCUGCACUUGAAAACAGAUGACGAUGAAGACGACUUUGUUCAGGCAUAUGUUGUGUUCGGCUGUGGACAAGUACAAACUGGUUCUUUCCUGGAUGUUGCAGCUCCUAAUGGGUUAUUCGGGCUUGGUUUCGAGAAAAUAUCGGUCCCUAGUAUUCUGUCCCAGGAAGGAUACAUAGCAGAUUCUUUCUCCAUGUGCUUCGGGCACGAUGGAGUAGGAAGAAUUAACUUUGGAGAUAAAGGAAGCCUAGACCAGGAAGAAACCCCGUUCAAUUUGAAUCCAUUGCACAGCCCGAGAUACAAUGUCAGCGUAGCACAGAUUCGCGUUGGCACUAAUAUUAUUGAUUCUGAGUUUGCGGCACUUUUUGAUACUGGAACUUCCUUCACAUAUCUAGAAGACCCAUCGUACACAAAGCUUACAGAGAGUUUCCACUCUCAAAUACAGGAUGCACGGUACGCUCUUGAUCCAAGGAUCCCCUUUGAGUAUUGUUAUGAAAUGAGCCCUAAUUCCAGUACUAGUUUGGUUCCUACUAUGAGCCUAACCAUGAAAGGCGGAGGUCAUCUUGUCGUCUAUGAUCCAAUAAUUGUCAUGUCCAUGCAGAGCCAACUUGUAUACUGCCUUGCUGUUCUGAAGAGCCAAGAUUACAAUAUAAUUGGGCAAAACUUUAUGACAGGAUACCGGUUUGUGUUUGAUCGAGAAAAGGCUACUCUCGGGUGGAAGAAGUUCGACUGUUAUGACAUAGAGAAGGCGUCCAUGUCCCUAAACAAAACCAGCGUGCAACCAGCUGUAGCUGUUGGCCAAGGAGGCAAUGCCACCGCCACAGAACAAGAUGGAAAGACCAAUUUUGCUCAAAAAUCAUUUGCAUUCUCAGUUUAUCAAAUGCCUAUUUUUGGUCUGAUCUACUCCUGCCUAGUAUUUCUUGCCCUCCUUGUAUAGACAGACUCAAUAUAUCUAUCUGUUGAACAUAGUACUAAUCACUAGCUUAGGUAGAAUUUAUUGUUUUCUGCAGUUUUUGCAGGCCAUUUUGAUCCUAUAAUGCUUUGUAGAUAUAAUGUCAAUAUAAAUGACAAAAAAUAUGUUCUUCCUCGGCUUGAUUC